CACACACUGGCCCCCGUAGCCGCAACCUUCUUCCAAAUGGACAGGGUGGACAUUGGCCCAGCACCGCGAAGAUAUAUCAGUUCCCCUAUCCACUCUCCUCCAAUUGCCCUGCACCGGCGCAGAUGAUUGUUCGGACUAAGGCGGGGACCAGGCACAUUGUCACGAUUUCCUAUCCAGGCUCUACUUCGCCAACUCGUCGCCCCUCACCCUGACUUGGUCCGCAUAUAUAGAUACCGCCUUUCCAGCCUGACUGUCUGUCGAUUAGCAAGCCGCAGCGGAGAACAGCAAAAAUGGCGUCGUAUCUGGAAAAUGCGUACAGCUUGGUGCAUCAGGACAAUACUGCUGACCAACCUACCCUGCAAGACCUGAAGACGCAGCUGGAGAAAGGAACAGAUGAAUCCAAAAUAGACACCAUGAGACGGAUAUUGGUUGUGAUGUUGAACGGAGACCCGAUGCCCCAACUUCUUAUGCAUAUCAUUCGCUUCGUCAUGCCAUCCAGGAGCAAGACGCUGAAGAAACUACUCUACUUCUACUACGAGAUCUGCCCGAAGCUGGAUAGCAAUGGCAAAUUGAAGCAGGAGAUGAUCUUAGUCUGUAACGGCAUCCGGAAUGACCUACAGCAUCCUAACGAAUAUAUCCGCGGCAACACGCUCCGGUUCCUGUGCAAACUUAAAGAACCCGAACUCCUUGAACCACUCCUGUCCUCUACGCGUUCCUGCUUAGAUCAUCGACAUGCAUACGUGCGGAAAAAUGCUGUUUGGGCGGUUGCCUCCAUAUUCCAACACUCCGAGUCUCUGAUUCCCGAUGCUCCAGAACUCAUCCAGACGUUUUUGGCAUCAGAGACUGACCACACCUGCAAACGCAACGCUUUUGCCGCGCUUCAUACUGUCAGCCAUCAAAAGGCACUAGAGUAUCUUAACUCUACUUUUGACAGUGUACCAAACGCAGAUGAAUUACUUCAGCUCGUCGAACUAGAAUUUAUCAGAAAGGAUGCAAUCCAAAAUACCCAGAACAAGGCCAAAUAUCUCCGACUGAUUUUCGAUCUCUUGGAGGCAGGGGCUAGUACCGUUGUUUAUGAAGCAGCAACAUCGCUCACGGCACUCACGAGCAAUCCGGUAGCGGUCAAGGCAGCUGCCUCAAAAUUAAUCGAGUUGAGCAUCAAAGAGGCUGAUAACAAUGUGAAGCUGAUUGUGCUCGACAGAGUCGACCAGCUGCGGAUACGGAAUGAAGGCGUGCUAGAUGACCUCACAAUGGAAAUUCUGCGAGUUCUAUCAAGUCCAGAUAUCGAUGUUCGUCGAAAAGCGUUGGGCAUUGCAAUGGAAAUGGUGUCUAGCAAAAACGUCGAAGAAAUCGUCAUGCUCUUGAAGAAGGAACUGGCUAAAACGGUUGACGAACAAUAUGAAAAGAACAACGAAUACCGACAACUACUUAUCCAAUCGAUACAUCAGUGUGCGAUUAAAUUUUCUGAAAUUGCAGCCAGCGUUGUUGAUCUUCUCAUGGACUUCAUCGUUGAUUUUAACAACAAUUCUGCUGUCGAUGUGAUCUCUUUCGUCAAGGAAGUAGUUGAGAAGUUUCCUAAGCUGCGAGCGUCCAUUAUCGAGCGUCUAGUAUCCACACUCAGCGAGGUACGGGCAGGCAAAGUCUAUCGGGGUGUUCUGUGGGUAAUUGGAGAAUACUCCCUUGAAGCCAACGAUAUUAGAGAAGCUUGGAAGCGCAUUAGGGCUAGCCUCGGAGAAAUUCCGAUUUUGGCUUCUGAGCAACGCUUACUCGACGACGUUCCCAAAGAAAACGGUCCGCCGAAGGACCAAGUGAACGGCCAUCCCAAGCCAUCUGCUCCAACAGGUUCGAGGAAGGUAUUAGCAGACGGCACAUAUGCUACUGAGAGCGCACUUACCAGCCAGUCCAGUGAGGCUGCCAGAUUAGAAGCAGUCAAAGCAGCACAGAAACCCCCGCUCCGACAGCUUAUCCUCGAUGGUGAUUAUUUCCUUGCCACUGUCUUGUCAUCGACCCUGACAAAACUGGUCAUGAGACAUUCUGAGGUCUCCCAAGAUUCCGCUCGUACCAAUGCUCUUCGCGCUGAAGCAAUGCUCAUCAUGAUCUCGAUAAUUCGGGUCGGCCAAUCUCAAUUUGUCAAAGCCCAUAUCGACGAGGACUCCGUGGACAGAAUCAUGUCCUGUGUUCGAUCCCUUGCUGAGUUUGCCCAGCACAAGGAAUUAGAAACGACUUUCCUUGAAGAUACAAGACAGGCGUUCCGCGCUAUGGUUCAGGUCGAAGAAAAGAAGCGCGCAGCCAAAGAAGCAGACGAGAAAGCCAAGGCGGCUGUCCAAGUCGACGACACAAUCCCCAUCCGCCAGCUCGCUAAGAAAUCUACCGAAGAAGGAGCUGACGAAAUUGAACUUGAUCUUGCCAAGGCCACUGGUGGUGACUCCACUUAUGAAGACCUAUCAUCUAAGCUCAGUCGGGUUGUACAACUAACUGGGUUCUCCGACCCAGUCUACGCUGAAGCGUAUGUCAAAGUUCACCAGUUCGACAUAGUUUUGGACGUCCUGCUCGUCAAUCAAACGACAGAGACCCUGCAAAACUUGUCGGUAGAGUUUGCAACCCUUGGAGACCUCAAGGUGGUUGAGCGCCCGACAACGCAGAACCUCGGCCCACAUGAUUUCCUAAACGUACAAGCAACCGUGAAGGUUUCAUCGACAGAUACUGGCGUGAUUUUUGGAAACGUAGUCUACGAUGGAGCUAGCUCGACGGAAACCCAUGUGGUCAUCCUGAACGACGUUAAAGCAGAUAUCAUGGACUAUAUACACCCAGCUCACUGCACUGAAACCCAAUUCCGUACGAUGUGGACAGAAUUCGAAUGGGAAAACAAAGUUAAUAUCAACUCCAAGGCGAAAUCGCUGAGAGAGUUCCUUCACCAACUUAUGGAGAGCACAAACAUGAGCUGUUUGACACCAGAGGCAUCGCUUGAAGGGGACUGUCAAUUCCUGAGCGCCAAUCUUUAUGCCCGAAGCGUCUUCGGCGAGGAUGCGCUUGCAAAUCUCAGCAUCGAGAAACAAGGCGAGGACGGGCCGAUUACUGGGUUUGUACGGAUCCGAAGUCGGUCACAAGGGCUGGCGUUGAGUUUGGGGUCUCUCAAAGGUCUAAAGGCCAAUGCUGUUUAAUAAUGACCAAAAGGAUGUUUUUAUAUUUCUCGUCAAGUUGCAACUCUUCACUUAAACUAGCGGCUUUCUUCCCCUUUGUUUUCUUUUAUUGCUUUUUUUCUUCUUUAAGUGUCCAAUCUUGUCAGUACCUAUCUUCUCUUCCUCUCUUUCUUGCUACUUACUUAACGGCAAUUACUAUUUGUUUUCUUUUUCCUCACGUUUUGCUCCGAGGUAUCGUACUUACAAUGUUGUGCGCCUCUUUGGAAGCGUGAUACCAGAAUGUGCAUGUGUGUGCGGGUGUCUCCAAAAUCUUCCUCUGAUAUAACUGGCAUCAUCCUUGUCCAAUGUCGAAUAUUAAUAUUAAUAUUUUUAUUUUCGACUCCUCUUAUUCGUCUCAUUCCACCCCUUCAUAUUUAUUUUAUUGGAAGAAUAUAAAACCACAACAGGGAGGGAAUUUUUAUACCAUCAUUAUCAUUAGGUGGAAGAUAGCUCGAGGAAAACCAAAAGCAAUAGAGGAUAAAAAAUGGAAAUUAUAUAACGAUAUCAGACGGGAGGGAGUCUUUUCAGAUGGUCCUAAUUAGUGCUCUAUUCCACAACACAUACGGGCUGGCCAUCGGAU